AUGACAACUUCUUGCAAUAACAUUCGCGCGGUAGUUGGGAUCGACUUCGGAACAACGUAUUCAGGAUUUGCAUACGCUAACAUGGCGAAUCCUUCUAAAAUCGAGGCAAAUGAAGAUUGGCCCGAGAGGAGGGGAGAAUUUAAAACUAACACUGUGAUUAGAUACAAUAAUGACUUUGAACUAGUCAAAUGGGGAUUUCCUGCUUUAGCUGAAAGAUCCUCAAAGAGGAACAGAAAUGCGCACUCCAACAAUAUUUCAAAAAUCGCUGAGCUAUUCAAGCUUCAUCUUGGUAAAAUCGCGGAUGAUGAUAAACCUCCAUUGCCGGCGGGUUUAAAUCCAAAAAAAGCAGUUACUGAUUAUUUGCGAGAAAUAGGAAAGCUAAUAAACAGCAAAGUAUCCGCAAGAUGGCCAGGUCUAAUUUUUCAUAAACAUGUCCGCGUUGUUCUCACUGUGCCUGUCGAAUAUGACGAAAAAAUUCGCAAGGUUAUGCGUCAAUGCGCUUAUGAUGCGGACCUAAUACUCACAUUAGAAUCAGAAAAUCUGGAAUUCACGACUGAACCUGAGGCUGCUGCGAUCUACUGUUUUGAAAAUGUAAACGAACAUCCGUUAAGAGUUGGAGAUUCUUUUAUGAUAGUAGAUUGCGGCGGUGGUACCGUUGAUUUAACCGUUCGUACACUUCUUCCCAAUGCAAGAUUAAGCGAAAUCACAGAAAGUACUGGUGAAUUUUGUGGCUCAUCAUACAUUGAUAAAGAAUUCAAAAAAUUCCUUUCUCGUAAAAUUGGAAAAGCUGCCUUUCGGUUAAUGGAAGAAAAACAUUACCCGGAACUCCAAUAUUUGAUUCAAUAUUUCUGCACGCAUGUGAAGAUUCCAUUUGAUGGUGAUGAAAACAACUGGAGGACUAAGGAACUCGAUCUUGAAACCCUUUGUCCCAUUCUGUUGCAAUACGUUAAAGAUGAAGAAAAAGACGCAUUAGAAGAGUCCGAAUGGCUUAUCGAAUUAGAUUUCGAGACAGUUAAACAUUUCUUUGAUCAGGUUAUCCCAAAAAUCCUUAGACUGAUUCGUCAGCAAUUGGAUGAUUCGGAAAAAAACAUUUCCGCGAUUUUUAUGGUUGGCGGUUUUUCCGAAUCCAAAUACUUGUUGCAUCGUGUUCGACAGGAAUUUAGCUCCCAAGUUCCAUAUAUUGCAGUCCCAUCUCAUCCAGUUGCUAGCGUUGUAAAGGGAGCUCUUUAUCGCAAUUGGACUCCUGAUGAUCCAGAAGAACGAAAGAAAAUAGUUGAUUCGAAAGAAAAGAUUUUAUUUUUCAAACAAUUAGCCAAAAAAGGUACCGAGAUUGAGGUUGAUCAACCAUUCAGAAAUACAUCCUGGCCAUCGUUUCCGAAUCAAGAAACUACGAUAUUUGAAAUUUACCGUACUAACGCAAAAGAUGGAAAAUUUUGCGACGAACCAGGAAUGAAUCUGUUUGGGAAACUUGAAUUGGAUUUGCCUGACGUUAAUCUUGGUACCAAUCGUCCAAUCGAAUUUACUUUGAUGUUUGGUAGAAUGGAAACGCGUGCAAUCGCACGAAGUAUCAGAUCGGGUACAAUUGCAAAAGCAAACUUCAAACUAGAAUUGUAG